AAAAACUUCUUCAAUAGAGAAGCCCACGUGGGUGGGCGGCGGUACAUGGAACAGAUGAUCGCCCGCUACUUCAGCCAGCCAGACGGGACGACGGAGCUGUACGUGGGGCGAGAGAGCAUCAUACCUGGGCUCUCUGCCUGGCCCAUCCCGCACGACGCUCCCUACACACCCAAAAUUAAUCGUCUCAUGAUGGCAGUUGUCGAAGCAGGCUUGUACGAGAAGUGGAGUCGGGACAUGCUGAUGGAGGCAAAACGCAAGAGUCGCUCGAGGCAGGAACUGGCGCAGCAGGAUACGACGCCAAGUUACCAGUCCGACAACACUAUCUAUGCCUUGAACUUAGUGCACAUGCAGGGGCCUCUUAUAUUGCUUAUGGUGGGUCUUCUUAUAGGUAGUCUCGUCUUUACUGUUGAGGUAAUUGCUACUCAGUUCCAUUAAGAUAUGGAAACUUUCAUGGAUAUGUUUUCUCAGGCAAAUGUAACAAGUUUAAGAUUAUAUAUAUCUAAUAGCGGUGAAUAUUGUGUAAUUAAAGUUAAUUAGAGUUAUCUAGUCUUCUAAUUUGUGUAUGUUGGAAGGACUUAAAAUACACACACAUGGAAUGAUAAGGAUUUCACACUAAAAGAGAAAUUUUUCUCUAAACCUUACUCUGUUUUCCUGGUGAGGGCAAAAGCCGUUUAACGUUCUCUCCAUGUUUAUGUGACAAAUGACUUAUUAGUAGAAAAAAAUAAUUAACUAGAGUUAUAACAGAAUUUUAGCAUUUUCCAGCAAACAAUGCACAAUGGAGUCGGAUAGUGCUAUAAUCCAGUCAAUGUAAAAAGCAAUUGUUAAAUAACAUUCACUGUAAAGACGAUUUAUUAUUCAAUAAGUCAUUUCCAAGCCUUUGAUACAUGAACUUGCUUACUAGUCUUCUUACUAACCUCAAUUCCGACAUUAUUACCACCUCUCUUCUCAACCCUCUUUCAGAUACACGAGUUCUUUAAUAAUACUUUUCUAUUGUCCAACAUUAUUGUCAAACCAUGUGGAAGUUCUGUGUUGCUGUCAUGAGAGCUGAAGAAUGUUAGAGGGGGGUCUGUGUACCUGCUACCACACAUAGUGUCUGUGUACCCUGCUAUAA